GCACAAAUGUGACGUCAAAAUACUUAAAAUUGCUUCCCAAGUCGUCGAAAGUGACCCAAAAGCGCGGCUCAACUUUGCUCUAAAAUGUGCUCCAGGCUCCGUCCAAACGUGCCGCUUUUGGCCGACAAAAGUGUGUCUUUUCUGGGCUUUUCUUUCACCGGGGCUCGGGGCUCGGCUGCCUGGCUGGGUGUCAACAUCCAGUGACGGCCAUGUUUGCCGGCGCCGCCGUAAACAACAAAAAAAGUGGGAGACAGACGCCUCGCUGAAUGUCGGGUCAUUUGGAUUUCUUUCAUUUACAAUGUCUCUGGGAAUGUCUUACAAGCCCAAUGCCCACCAGCACACUCCGGGAACUUCGGGGAACCAGGUUGGCAGCCUCCAGUCAUCAGCCAACCUGGCCCAGUUGCAGUCCUACAGGCCUCUGCUGAGCGACUACGGGCCCCCGUCUCUGGGAUUCUCACAGGGCUUGACGGGCAGCCAAGUGCCUCAGAACAAAUACGCCGAGCUGCUGGCUAUCAUCGAGGAGCUGGGCAAGGAGAUCCGCCCCACGUACGCCGGCAGCAAGAGUGCCAUGGAGAGGCUCAAGAGAGGCAUCAUCCACGCCCGCGGCCUGGUGCGCGAAUGCUUGGCAGAGACUGAGAGGAACGCCAGGUCCUAGCGACAAUCACACAUUCCGUGCAACCAGACUCCACAAUGCGCGUCUUUAAACGAAAGAAAAGAAAAAAAAAAUUCAAAAUUCAACUUGCAUGUCAUGUCCGAAGAGGAGGGAGGCGUCUCGACUCCGUUUUGUGCGAAUGAGUCCAACUCUCAACUAGUUUCCCAUUGCCCAAUUUUGGGGACCUUGGUUUCUUGUUUUCCCUUCCUUAUUUUUGCAUGCAAAAAGGGUAAAAGUGUAGACGCCACGUCUUGUACAGGGGUUAGACUUCUUUUUGAUAUGAGUGACUGAGUGAGUGAGUGUCAAUUCAUUCGUGUUCAGGUUGGUUUUGCUAUCAAAAGAAAAUGCUGUUACUUGCAUCUUUGUAUGUAUUUAUUACACAGUGUAAUAAAUUGUAUUUUCAA